AUGGCUUGCGUCAGUUCACCAAGCAGAUGGAAUAUACGUGCUCGAUGGUUGGAUGGAUGGGCAGGCGGUCUACCGCCAGUAGCCCGAAAACAGCUGUGUGGUGCCGUUAGCCAACAGAAAACUAACAUCUGCCCAUGCCCAGAAAUGUUUCAAUGCCCACUUAAUCCACGCAUAUGCCGACAACAACAUUCUCUCUCCUGCCGCAAAAUCAUGCCAGCAGCAGCUGCACGACAUUAUAUUUGUGCACAAAUGCUCGGCUAUACGCGAUUUCCAGGAGAUCAGUUGUAG